AUGGAACCAUCAAGACGUCUUGCAAGGACUUCAGAAGCGGCCACCAACGAUCAGCUAGUUCAAAGCCUGCUUCAGCUGGCGCAAAUCACCCAAACGCUGAGCAACGCCCUCCUCAACAACAGCCACCCUCCUCAGAAUGGGAAUCGGGACGUAGUACGCCAAAUCUUCGAAGUAGUGGUCUGCCUGGAGGAUCGCCAAGUGGAGUUAGCUACGGUCUACCUUAGGCAAGAAGCAGACUUGUGGUGGAUGCUUGAAAGGCCAGCUUGUAGACAAAAUCCGGGGUUUAGUUGGGAAAUCCUGAAGGAUAAGCUACGUGAGCUGUUCUAUCCUGCUCAUGUCAAGGCGGAAAAUUACGAGGAGUUCCUCCACCUUAAGCAAGUACCCUUGUCGGUAAUGGAGUACCACAAGAAGUUUUUGGAGUUAGCCCGUUUUGCCUCAGUUUUGGUACCUACCGAGGAGAGUAAAGUAGAGAAGUUUGUGGCCGGACUCAACUUCGAGGCUAGGAAAGCCAUGACUGUGUCAAAGCCCAAGACUCUCAAUGAGGCAUACCUUUGUGCAGCCGACCUCUACCGGGUGCAGCAAGUUCAGAAAGGAAUCCGGGAGAGCCGUAAGAGGAGUUUUGAAACAAGUGUUGCACCUGUGGUAAGUUUCAGGCUUAAACGAGGCAAAGUCGCACAACCAGAGCGAAAGCGGGACAAGAAGACGAGCAAAGACUAA